GGAAGCAGAAAGGCUCAGUUCUUGGAUGAUCGACCAGCCGAGGACCCGACCACUAAAACCUUAAACUAUAUCAACGGCAAUCACUUCGUUCAAGAAGUCAGCGAAAACGAGCUUGUCGUAGCUAAUGGUUACCGCAAUGGGCAAGUUGUGAAUGCCGAGCGAUAUACAACCGAGAGGAACCUGAGAUCCACUAAACUCACCCAGGAUGCACCGCCGGAUUUUAAACCACCCGCUGAUACAAGUGUUUUGCAGGCUCAUGGAACUCGUAAGAGGAAAACAGGGAAAAGAGGGCUAGGAGGACAUUCCGGGAUUGGCAAUUAUGAAAUGAAAACCCGCCUCCGGACGCGAAAAAGUCUCAAGCAGGACUGUAACUAG